AGCACUUCCUGUGAGACUGAGAACGCUGUUACUCGUAUUACUGUGCCAUAGUUUUGUGAGUGCACAAAACCAAAAUGCAGGAGCUAGUAGCACCCGUAUCGGAUAUAAAAUUUGAUAUAGAAUUUGCUCUUGAUCAGCAAAUUGGAUCACUUCCUUUACCUUUUCCUGGCAUGGACAAGUCUGGGUCAGCCAUCUGCACAUUCUUCCUCUCAUCAGUGUGUAAUAAGGGUACAGCCUGCCCUUUUCGCCAUGUCAAAGGUGAUCGGACAGUAGUCUGCAAACAUUGGCUACGAGGCCUCUGUAAAAAGGGAGAUGACUGCGAGUUUCUUCAUGAGUAUGACAUGUCCAAAAUGCCAGAGUGCUAUUUCUUUUCCAAAUUUGGUCAGUGCAGUAACAAAGAAUGUCCGUUUCUUCACAUUGAUCCAGAAAACAAAAUCAAAGAUUGCCCGUGGUAUGACCGGGGUUUUUGUCGACAUGGGCCAAACUGCAAGAACCGACAUGUGCGAAGAGUCAUCUGCCAAUGUUUCCUAAAUGGAUUUUGUCUUGAUGGACCUGACUGUAAAUACGUCCAUCCAAGCUUUGACAUUCCAGCCCCUGACCCACAGCAACAAGCAAAAAAAGCAGCCAUUGUAUGUCAUAUGUGUGGUGAAGCAGGUCACAAAGCUUUGCACUGUCCACGUCCAAUUCAGCCUAUGGCAUGGAACCUUCUUGUGCAGAGCAGGCAGGAAUCACAGUCUGGCACUCAGGAAACAGCAGAAGGAAGGCGACCUCUGGAUCAAGUGACAUGCUUUAAGUGUGGAGAGAAAGGACACUAUGCUAACAAGUGCCCCAAAGGCCACCUGGCUUUUCUUAGUGCAACAGCUCACUGACAUCCUGCUACUCCAGAAAAACGUCUGCUUAUUUUCUGUGUAGACUGGGUCAGAAAGACUGCUGUAUAGUGGUUAUCAUCCAUGUUUUCACAUGUUUACAUCUGUUUUGCGUACUAUCUGGUUGCCUUGCUGACCUCGGAUACUCUUAUGUAAAAGUAUGAAAGUUGUGUCGCUAAUGUCAACUUGUGGUUCUAAGACGUUCUUAUUAAGAUCUGUAUUUCUGUCAUAAGCAUUUCUGGCAGUUGGUCAGUUUUGACCAUGCUACUAGUUUAAAUGACAUUUUGUAAAACUCUGUAACAGAGAGCACAUUUUUAGUGUCUGAUUUAGAGAAUUCAGCAAGUCAACAGAACUCCAAUGCUAUGGUUUUAAAAUCCUAUCACUUUUAAUGACAUCAGUUCCACAAAAUGUUUAAAAUUUGUGGGUUUUGCAUCACUCCAGCAUAUCUUAAUUAAGGACUGUAUAUAUGAAAAGUGGAAAUAAGGGUGGUCCAUAUUCAGGAAUCUUGUCAUGUGAUGGUGUUUGCAUUAAACAGGUAAGAGUUGUAGCCACAUAAAUGCUAACAUGACUGGGCAAGGAUAUAUUGAAAUGCAUUUGUGAUAAAUUUAAAAGAAAUGAUUCCUAAAAAUAAACUUAUGUAGAUAGGAAGGUCUAUCUUUUUAACCAGUUCUUUACUGAAGACCUAAACAAAGUGAAUACAGCUUUGGGUGCCAUUCUCAGCUUCAGAUAAGACCAACAUUGUGGGGUGGGGGAAAUACUAAAUGUAAGCCACUUAAAUAAAUAAAAACUCCAGUGGCCUCAAAGCAUGAUACGAGAAAAAAGCUUUUUUUGAAGUACUACCAAAGACAUGUUAUUCUGAUAAUAAGUUGCGAGCUCACUGGAUUUAAAAAGAACAUACACUGUUUACAAAGAUUACACAAGAAUAUGUACAACUUACAUGACUAUGUGUGUAUCUAUAUGGAUAUAUAAAGCCUGUUUGAUUAUUCAGUGGAAAGAUGGUGCUAUUUGCGUGCCCUACAAGUUUGUGCAUGCAGAGAUUUACUGAAAAUAUUGUGUGGUUACAGUUGCUUUGAUGAGCCAUGAACAUGUCUGAAAGUGUAUGUAUGCACACAUGCAGAUUUUUAGUAAGAAAAUUCAAAGUUCGAUUUUUCUGUGCUUGGAAUUGUUACUAAAUGUUUUUUACUUUAUUAUUCCUGUAUUUUGCUUCAGGGUUGAUUGCUAUGUUCUUUCCCCAACAUUAACGCCAUUGCCCAUUCAGAAAUGUUAGAAUGCUUUUGCUUUUUAUUGUCAAAACGUGAACAUUGGCCAGCAAACUGGGCACAUGGCUAACUGUUAUAAUGCAUCUCUUACCACCCACAUUAAAAUAAUCUUGUAGUGGAAAGCUGUGUACAAUAAUGCCUAAGCUCACGAUCCUCCACCACUGUUCUCCCCUCAACAAUUAAAGACUUAGCAACAUGUGACUCGAGUACAACAAAAGGGAUUUUUUUUUUCUAUGCGCACAAAUUAUGCAAAAUACAUAGGACAAUGUGGCUCCUCUGAAAGUGGUCGCUGUAUGUUAUGGAAGAGUAGAAAUAUUGCGGGUGCCACACCAUUCCCACCUAAGUUGAGCAGAUUCGUGUGGAAGGUCACAUAGCGGUACACCAAUGUCCGUGGGGGUGGAGCAUUGGGGAAUACCACCACGUUGUCAAAGAUGACCGGACACGAGUCAUGUCCAUGGCAGCGGGGGAAACCCAGGCUGGCCGACUGUGUCUCGCACUAACAGUGAUGAUUGUUCGUAGUUGUGACAAUGAGUGUGUGAGAGUGACCAAUCGGGUGCAUGUGUGGCCCAAGCCACCCUUUUCAUAUUGUGUUAAAGCCGAAAUUGUGGCUUCACCACAAAAUUCUUGAAUAGUACGCAUCAGGGCGAGAAAAGACUUCGCAACUCAAGUCUUCGUCACAAGCAUCAAGUCGGUGAUCUUCAGUCCGUCCUUUCACCAAACAAGGGACUGGUUAAGGGUUGUGCAGCCUGCUCUUAAAACAGAGCGUCAAGGAGAGUGACCUCUAACCCCUGCAAACCCUCGAGCGGCUCUUGGCAGCGCAGUGGGACACUUUACUUGGGUCACAGAGCCAGGCGCUGGUGACUGUGGUAACGAUCGACAGGCCGACCGGUGACCGAAAUGGAGUGCACACUGUCGAGAGGGACGGUACGCGUGAAUGCUCGUCUGAGUUCCGUGCUCAGCACGCUUCGCACCUCAGGGGAAGUUCAGGCGAGGGAGACCACCAUACCUCCUGGGUCAUGGUGCCAGGGAGAGCCGCCAAGACAAGGAAGAUCAACGGUCAACAGACCAUCUCACCAUCUCUUCUGCGUCGCAUCGGGAGGGCCUUCCGUGUCACAAAGACAAUCGUCCGAAGAAACCAAGGACAAUUGUGUGUCACACCACAAAGGGUAAUUCCAUCCCACACGGCAAAGACAUUACUGGUCGAGCAAAGUGCUGUAUGAGCGUGCGAGGUGUUGAGCGACGAAUGUGUAUGUGACCGAAUGACUCACUAGAUACCUGGAUUAGUGGUAAUUAAGGGGGUAGGUUAAUGGGGACACCCUAGACAACUAAGGCAGGGAAUUUGUUCAUUUGUAGGUUCGUUUUUUUCCUUUCAUUUGUAUUCUACAUAAGCUCUCGACAUUUUUCUAUACUUAAUAAUUACUUUGUUUCCAGUAAA